AUGAUAGUAGAAUAUUUUCCUAAAAUUGUUACUAAGAGAAAAAGUUUUUUUCAGAUUCAAAAAAGAUUCGCUUACUAUAGAUUUCACAAAAGAGUAGGUAAGGGUUCUUGGAACAAAUAUAUAGAAAGAUAUAAAUUACCAAGAAGUAUAGAAAAUACUCAAAGAUUGAUUUUUAAUUAUGAAGCUACAUAUUCAGAAAAAAAAUUAUCUAGUAGUUGGUUAUGGAAUUUACCAAAAAAAAUCGCAUUAGCAACAACAUCAGAUGAAGUAUUAAAUGUAUGGGUGUAUUACAGACAUAAAAGAAAAAAAGCUUAUCACUACUUGAAAGUUUUAAAAAGAUUAGUUGAUGUUGGUAAAUGUUCUACUAGUGAUUGGAGAUUUAAAUUAAUUACUUCAAGAAUAGAAAACAAAAUUAAUACCUUUUUAAAUUUACCAAGGAUUUGUUAUUAUUAUGGUAAAUUAAAAGCUACUGCUCAAUUAGAAAGUAUUACAAAAAUGUUAAAUCAUAGAUUAAAUGAUUAUUUACCACAUCAAUUAUUAUUAAUAUUAAAAGGAUUUUCUUUAUGUGAAUUACAAGAUAAACACCUUUUUAAUAAGAUUAGAGAUUUAUUAAAACCACACAUUAGCAUUAUCCCAUUUUACUAUUUAACUAUAAUUAUUGAAAGUUAUUCCUUUUGUUUAAUACACGAUUAUCUGUUUUUUAACCUACUAACAAAUGAAAUAAUUUACAGAAUUAAUUUAUGCAAUAAUAAAUAUUUAAAUGUGAUGAACGAAGAUAAUUCAACAAAUUUAAAAAUAGAAACUUCAAAUGAAUUAAUAGAAGAAAAUACGUUAAAUAACUUUAAUGAUGAAAACCUUACAUAUAUUAUAGAAAACGAACAUGCUUUACUAAAAUAUAAACAAGAUCAAUUUAAUUAUUAUCCUACUAUGAAAAAUUUAAUUGAUAUAGCAUAUUAUUUUUCUAAUUUAAAAUUUCAAAAUUAUAUAUUUUAUGAUUAUAUAAGUAGGUAUAUAAUAUAUAUGUUAAAAAACAGUAACUGUUUAAAUCCUCAUUUGAUAGAAAGAGUAAUUUUUUCUUUUUAUAAAAUUAAAAUAAAUGAUAUAAAACUUUUUGAACAUAUUUUAAAACAUAUAGACACAUUUAUUUACGAUUAUCCUCCAAGUGUAUUAUGUGCUAUUGGAUACUAUUUUUCUUCCUUAUUGCCUUUUUAUUACUCUCCUAUUAACAAAAUAUUUAAAAAAAUGUUGUUACAUAUAAAAAAACAUAUGGAUAUUCUAAAUUUAGAUUCAUUAUCUAAACUUUCCUCAUUUGUACAUAAAACAAAAAUGGAUAAAAAAUUACAGAAAGAUAUUUUAUUUAAUAUAAAUGAGCAAAUAAAAAAAAAUGACAACAAAAAUUCUAAAAUUACAUAUGAUAUACCAAGAUUGACAGAAAUUCUUUCUUAUCACGAUUUAAUAGAUGAGACAAGUUUUAAUAUUUUAUGUAAACAUUUACAUAGCCAUUUAAAAUAUUUUGAACCAUGUGAUUUUAAUAGAAUUUCAAGAACGUUAAGAAAUAUUAAAAAAAAAUUUAAUUUAUGUGAUGAAAAAAUAGUGAAUUCUAUAGCAAGAAAUGUCAUAAAACAACAUGAUUUAUUUCAUGUUAUUGAUUAUCAUCAAACAGUAAAUAUGCUAUUAGAAAUAAACGCUAUAAAAGAUAUUUACAAAAUAUAUUUAAUAAAGCAUCAUAAUAAUAUUUCUUUUUAUAAUUUUGGUGAAUUAAAAUUAAAUUAUGAACUACCAAAAGAAGUAAAAAAAUCCAUUUAUAGAUAUAAAAAGGGAACUAUAUACUUUUCAAACAAAAAAAUUGAACAGGAGUAUCCGUUAUAUAAAUCUAUAGAAAAUUGA